AUGGAUGAAGACGACGGAGAUUACGCCACCCUCAGAGAACUGCCCUUACCUCCUUCAGCAUCCCAGAGGCUGAGUGCUGGGGAAGAUACUGCGAGCGAGGAAGGAAAGCUUCUAGCAUGCGUUCACGACGAACACAUAACCUACGCUAGCACUAACCAAGACUUUGAGCCACCUUCGGCGUUCGAAGAGCGAAGUCCGUUGCUCGAGGUCGACCAGCAAGAACAGCAGACUGCCAUCAUACAUAGCAAUUAUGAGAAUACCUCACGACUCCGGCAUCGUCCAGCCGGAGGAUCAAGUAGGCCGCUCCGAUUCCAUUUCCACCGAGGAGUCACAACACUCCCCACCCGAGCCACCGGGCAGCAACCACAGCGAGACAUCUAG